AUGCUGGCAAACAUCGUUAACAGUUCGGGUCCAAAUUCUCCUCGACUCAUCAACGCCUCGUUUGCUGCCAUUUUCGACAACAACGACAUCUCCAAGGAAUUCGCCCGCAAGUUCUCCCAACUUCGAUUCAACAUCCCCGAUAGCCCCGCGGUGAGACGGAGACUGAGGGGAUUAUUGGUGGGGGGACCUCAACACUCGCUGGACUCACGGAUGGACCUUGUCACCACAUUGCGAGAGGUGAACAGAAAUGGCACUCACGAACACCAAGAUGACGAUGAUGACACAUUCAGCAGCGAUGAAGGUAAGCUGGAGCGAAUGGAGCCACCAACAAGGUAUCGAUCUCAAUCAAUGGACGAAAGAGAAGGAGAAACCUGGGAGAAACACCUGGGCAGUCUUCACUGCUCCUCUCAACCCAAUCCUAUUGAGGAACAACUGGAACAAGAAGCAUCUGACAGCAAUGGGGCCAGAUCCCAGCAACAAUGAAGAUUCUUUCUUUGGACACGAUCUCAACCUCGUCUCUUGUAUUGCAUGACCUCACCCCCCUUCAAUCCUGUUAUAAUAUUCCUUUGAUGACUACAGUAUAAUCUCCCAAACUCUGUCUUUUCACAUUGGUGUGUUUGUGUGAAAUCAAGUCAAUAAUUGCGUUCAGCUCACAAAAAAUUUUAUUCCCAUG